AUGACCUCUGAAUCGACCGUGGUGUAUUACAACCAAUUGCUCAAAGCCGCAUUCGACAUGCAACGCCAACGUCACAAUCUCCAUGGCAAAAGAGGCCUGUUGGUCGCAGAUGCGUUUACAGGGAAUUUCGCAAACAAGCAGGGUGUUGAAAUUUGCCUCCAAAAUUGGAACAAAGUGCCAGAUGUCAUGUUUGCAAAAGCUUGGGAAUUCACUGGGCACGUCUCUAAGGAGGAAUAUCUAUCCAGAGGGUUGUUCACAGAAGAGCAGUGGAGCUCUUGCAAGCUUCGAGUGGAUCCUUUGGAGAUGGAUGCCGUGCUGGGCCCAGAAAACAAUGAGGAGCCAUCCAUUGACGAUCUGAUCUUUGGUGGCCAAAUGAAGAGGCGGCGUGUCAUAUGGCUUUUGUCUGAAAAGCAUCCUUCUCCAGACAUGGCCGUGAUGCCUGCUUGCUUGGUUCAUCCAAUCGAGAAGAGGAUUGCCAGCUAUUUGUAUGCUCAGGCUGAUGGUCGUGUCCCACAUGAGGUGAAAUCCAUGCAAACUAUUUGCAUUUCCAAAAGGCAAGGAAAAGAGUGCAGCUACAAACUCCUGCUGAAGCACACGGUCACGCAGGGCGAUGGCAGGAGGGCUUUCAAAGAAGAUGUCCCACAACGAACUUUGAAGGACUUGGCAGUAUUUAAUUUGGACAUGCAGAACCUCACACUUCAUGUGCGGGGGGAAGAUCACGCAAGAGUUCUGCAAUGCAAAGUCUUGGAGCCAGAUGAGAAGCAAGAGCACCAGCCCUUGUCACUUGAAGAGUUGAAGGAGAUCUUUCACAACGGAGCAUGUGUGGAAGAGGGAGAGGAUGAGGGCGAGGGGGGUGAUGUGGGCAACGAAGAUGCCAAUAUCGAAGCUGAGAAUUUGGAACCUGAAGAGGCACCCGCAUUUCAUGAUGAAGUAGAACCAGACAUGCCAGACAACCCACCGCCAGAAGAUGAGGACAUUGAGGCUUUGGACGGGGAGGAGUAUGAUUUGGUUGAGGAAGUCUUGUGGGAGGCACCAAUGUCCACGGGCAGGUCACCCAUCCCACAAGAAGCAGAUGCUAUUGUGUCCAACACAGCGUCUUCUAGCAAAGGGCUGAAUGCCACUCCAGCAGAUGUCCGUCAAUCUGUACCUCCAGGGGCGAAGCUACAGCAUAAGCGGGCCAAACUGGAGGGGCGUUGCAGUGGUUGGCAGGCUUGGCCCGCUGGUUCCUCCUCCGAUGGCCCCCAAUCCAAGUGGUUCUCAUAUGGUGUUGGAGGCCAGUUCGCUAGCAGUGAUGAAGCUCGUGACCAAGCCAUCAAAUGGACUUGGGGUCAAUCUCAUUAG